AUGGAGAGCAUCUACUACAACUUUGAGCCACAAACCAGGGGGUGCCACAACCACAAAGUAAUGACUAGUAGCCAUAAAGUUUACGAGGACGAGUUCCUUAGGAUUGUCUCAGCCUCCUCCGAUGAGCUCCAUAACUUUGCGAACACGCUAACGUCAGAUUUAGAUCUCUUCGUCGAAAUCAUGAGAGACGAAGUAGGCUUGAACCGCGUCAUGAGAAUCUUAGGAAUAUCAGACCAUAUCAACACGAUACUUUUCUACCCUAUCAUGAUCAAACUCCCAGAGAUUAUGACGCAUGAACGUGGCAAAGAUUUGGCGUCACGAGUCCUAGACGUUUGCCACAUACACGAAAAGAACAUGUUUCUCCAAACCACGUACCGUCACGGCCUCGUCUUGGCGCGUGACGUAAACGGUUGCAGCACACUCAAGAAGGCCAUAACAAUAGCUGAUGAUGUCUUCAAAUCCGAUUUCCUGAAGCUAGUCGCAUGGCACGCUCACUCGCUAAGCGAGGACGAUUUGGGAAUCUCCUUAAUCCAACAUGUGCUUAACCUCGACUAUACGCGGAAAACCACAGAAGACGACACGCGCUUGCACGAGCUAAUGGGAGAGUUUGAUGAGAUUCGACCGACAUGUGAUACAGGGGAGCUUCUUAAGCUUGCCUCGAAGCUGACGUCAGAUUCUGAUCUCUUUGUGGAGUUUGUCAAAACAAAACGAGGCUCGCUCAUGGUUCAGAUAACCCUAGGAAAAUCAGAAGAAGUCGACGCAGUUUUAUGGGAAGCAAUCAAGCGAAGCUACACCGAUCUUGAAACCAACUAUCUCGGCCAUCUCAUCAUCUUACGAACCAUAAGCGUUUCCGAGAAAAGAGGAAACUUGAGAGUGUUUGAGCAAAUCCUACGCCUAAUUGGAUACAACGCUCUCUACCUAUCCAAGGAACCUAAUAUGGGAAACGUCGCCGUACAACUCGCAAUUAAUCUCCACAACUUGGACUAUGACGAUUUGGCUUUGAUGUUUAUCGUGAUGGAGAUUGUCAAGUGUGAUGAUGAAGAUACGUUGGUGAGAUUGGCUAAGGAUGGAUACGGGAAUGGUGUUUUGAAAAAGACUCUACAAGUUGCGAAAGAGCAUAUGGAUAAUUUGUUUGAUGAUCUUGUUGACAAGCUAAAGCCUCUUCUUGAUAGCUUGCGUGGGUCUCGUGCAGAUAACAUUGUAGCUCUCAUAUCCGGUCAGAGUUUGGAUGAUUAG